GGCCGACAUUGUAAUGUCUUAACAAACUCGAUUAGAAGAUGGUGUUGAAAAGUCAAAGUCAAAAAGAGAAAGAACAAAAAACAUUAAAACGCGGAAAGACCGGUUGGUUUAAGUCAUUGUGUUCUCAUCAGAUUGUCUUUGCCCCAUUCUUUACGAAGUCUGAAUCUUCCACAUAACGAUCCAGUCAACGACACAACAGACAAAGACAGACGACUCCACACUCUUUGUUUAUUUUAUUAAAGAAGUCCUUUCUUUCAUUCACGCUUUUCCUCCUCCUUUCAUUAACACACUUUCCCCCAACAGAUGCGCGAACUUCUUCUUCUUCUUCCUCGUUCAACUCUAACACACUUGAAACAGAAGUACUAGCACGACCAAGACCAAAAGCUCCUGUCUUUUAUCUCUAAUUAUUCCUUCGACUUUGGAUGCUCAUCAGAGAUUUUACUCUCUUUCUAUGAUGGUGAGUAGUAGGUUAGUAUUAGCAGUUUUUAUCACGAACUCUCUCUGGUUGCUCCUCCUGUCUAGCUUGAUCGAUGCAAACGAGGCCAACGUUAACUGCUUGAGGACCAUUUAUAACCAAGUUAAAGAUCCUAAUGGAUAUUUAACGAGCUGGGUGUUUGGCAACCAGACUGCUGGUUACAUCUGCAAGUUCACUGGUGUGACUUGCUGGCAUGAUGAUGAGAAUAGAGUUUUGAGCAUUAAGCUCGGUGGUUAUGGUCUCACUGGAGGGUUCCCUCUUGGGAUUAAGAACUGCACUGAUCUAACAGCUCUAGAUCUUUCUAGAAACAACUUCUCUGGACCUUUACCAUCCAACAUCACCGAUAGCAUUCCACUUGUUACCAUUCUAGACCUCUCUUACAAUCAGUUCUCUGGUCCAAUCCCUCCUAGUAUCUCAAACAUUACCUUUUUGAACUCUCUUAUGCUUCAGCAUAACCAGUUCACCGGUACCCUUCCUGCCGAGCUAGUUCUGCUCGGACGGCUCACUAGUUUCUCUGUGGCUGGCAAUCUUCUCACAGGUCCUAUCCCAGCUUUCAAUGAAACCACAUUGAAAAUUGGGGUGGAUGACUUUGCUAGUAAUCCAGGUUUGUGUGGUAAGCCUCUGGAUGCAUGUAAAGGUCCUAAAAGCUCUCGUGGUAAAGUUAUUGUUAUAGCAGCAGUUGGUGGACUGUCUGUGGCGGCACUAGUCGUUGGGGUUGUUCUCUUCUUCUACUUCCGUAGAUUGGCUGUUGUUAGGAAGAAGAUGAGAGAUGAUCCUGAAGAAAACAGAUGGGCAAGAAUCUUGAAAGGACAGAAAGGUGUUAAGGUUUUCAUGUUUAAGAAGUCAGUUUCAAAGAUGAAGUUAAGUGAUCUCAUGAAGGCAACAGAGGAGUUCAAGAAAGACAACAUCAUUGGGAAAGGAAGAACAGGAACUAUGUACAAAGGAGUGCUUGAAGACGGUACUCCUCUUAUGGUAAAGAGGUUGCAAGAUUCUCAACAUUCUGAAAAGGAGCUUGACUCGGAGAUGAAGACAUUGGGAUCUGUAAAACACAGAAACUUGGUCCCUCUCUUGGGUUACUGUAUUGCCAAGAAGGAGAGGCUUCUUAUAUACGAGUACAUGCCCAACGGCUACCUUUAUGAUCAGUUACAUCCCUCAGAUGAAGACUCUUACAAUCCUAUAGACUGGCCUUCUAGGCUGAAGAUUGCUAUUGGCGCUGCAAAAGGACUAGCGUGGCUUCACCACAGCUGCAACCCGAGGAUCAUUCAUCGCAACAUAAGCUCCAAAUGCAUCUUGUUGACUGCGGAUUUUGAGCCUAAGAUCUCGGACUUCGGUCUAGCUAGGCUGAUGAAUCCCAUUGAUACUCAUUUAAGCACAUUUGUCAAUGGGGAGUUUGGUGAUUUCGGUUAUGUUGCUCCUGAGUAUUCGAGAACCAUGGUGGCAACUCCUAAAGGAGAUGUAUACAGCUUUGGGGUUGUGCUUUUAGAGCUAGUAACGGGGCAGAAAGCAACUGGUGUGACAAGAGAUUCUGAAGAAGAAGAAGACAAGGAAGAAAGCUGCUUCAAGGGUAACCUUGUGGAGUGGAUUACAAAGCUAUCAAGUGGGUCAAAACUGCAUGAAGCUACUGACAGGUCUUUAGUUGGGAAAGGUGUGGAUGAUGAGAUAUUCAAAGUGCUUAAAGUAGCAUGCAACUGCGUUCUACCGGAAGUAGCAAAGCAGAGGCCUACCAUGUUUGAAGUGUAUCAGUUUCUGAGAGCUAUUGGAGAGAGCUAUAACUUCACCACUGAAGAUGAUAUCUUGGUUCCAUCUGAAUCAGGAGAAGCUGAUUUCAUUGAAGAGAUGAUAGUUCGCUGAUCAAAGUGGAAGGGUAAGAGACUUAUGAAACGAUCUUCUUUAGUCCUAGCAGUGCCAAGAUAUACAUAUAUAUAUAAGUAUUGGUUUUGUCUUUUAUUUAUUUUUGGUUUCUACUCUUUGAUGGUGUGGUUGUAAAAUAAAAUAUUGUUAGAUGCACUGUCUCUUAUUACUACUACACUGAGCUUUGAGUGCUUUAA